AUGGCACGCUUCCCACAAGUGGCAUCUUUUUUUCUCUUUCUGACUAAGCUCAGCACUGGCCAGAGAGAAGUAACAGUUCAGAAAGGACCGCUGUUCAGAGCUGAAGGUUACCCCAUCAGCAUCGGCUGCAACGUAACUGGCCACCGGGGACCUUCUGAGCAGCAUUUCCAGUGGUCUGUUUACCUGCCGACAGCCCCAACCCAAGAAAUCCAGAUCAUUAGCACCAAGGAUGCCACCUUCUCUUAUGCAGUGUAUGCACGGCGGGUGCAAAGUAGGGAAAUCUACGUGGAGAAGGUCCAGGGUAACUCAGUCUUUUUGCACAUCUCCAAGCUCCAGAUGAAGGAUUCCGGCGAGUACGAGUGUCACACACCCAACACCGAUGGAAAAUACUAUGGGAGUUACAGUGCAAAGAUGAAUCUAAUUGUCAUUCCAGAUACCCUCUCUGCUGCCAUGACUUCCCAGACUCUCAGUAAGGAGGAGGGUGAGCCACUGGAACUUACCUGUGAGUCAUCCAAAGCCACAGCUCAACAUACUCACCUCUCUGUCACCUGGUACCUGAUGCAAGAUGGAGAAAGAAGCCAAGCCAGCAAGAUUAUUUCCCUCUCCAAAGAUUUUAUCUUGCUCCCUGGGCCCUUGUAUACAGAGAGGUUUGCAGCUGGUGACGUGCGGCUCGACAAGCUUGGGGUCACUACCUUCAGGCUGUCCAUAGGGAGGCUCCGGCCCUCAGAUCAGGGCCAGCUGUUCUGUGAGGCAACUGAAUGGAUUCAGGAUCCGGAUGAAACCUGGACUUCCAUCACAAAAAAGCAGACAGAUCAAACAACUCUGAGAGUCCAGCCAGCAGUGAGAGAUUUUCAAGUCAACAUCACGGCUGAGAGCACGGUUCCUGAAGGAAAACCCUUAGAAUUGGUUUGCCUGGUCAUGGGCGGUGGCCAGGACCCACAGCUUCAGGGCACUUGGUUCUUCAAUGAUAUUGAAAUGGCCCACAUUGAUGCUGGUGGAGUUCUGGGUCUAAAGAAAGACUAUCAAGAAAGAGCAAGUCAAGGACAGCUCCAGGUUUCAAAGUUAAGCCCCAAGGCUUUCUCUCUCAAGAUCUUCUUUAUGGGCCCAGAGGAUGAAGGUGCCUACAGAUGUGCCGUGGCGGAGGUGACAAGAGCUCAGAUGGGCUCCUGGCAGGUGCUCCAGAAAAAACAGUCACCAGACAGCUACAUGCACCUGAGGAAGCCAGCAGCAAGACAUGUGGUCGUGUCUACCAAGAAUAGGCAGCAAGCAGUGUGGGAAGGAGAGGCAUUAACCCUUCUCUGCAAGGUAGGUGGAGCUGAAAGUCUCCUGUCUGUGACCUGGUGGCACAUCCCACAAGACCAGACACAGCCGGAGUUUGUGGCUGGAAUGGGGCAGGAUGGCACCAUGCAGCUGGGUGCCUCCUAUGGGGAACUCGAUAACCACAGCAACACAAGGCUGGAGAAGAUAGACUGGGCCACCUUCCAGCUGGAGAUCACCUCCACCACCAUCACAGACAGCAGCACGUAUGAGUGCAGAGUGUCUGAGAUGACCCGGAACCAGGCCGGAGAUCAGAGCUGGGCUCGGAAGAUGUCAGUCACUGUAAAACCUCUGGAGUCAAGUUUACAAGUUAGUCUGAUGAGCCGUCAACCACAGGUGAAAUUAACCAACACCUUUGACCUGUCCUGCAUAGUGAGGGUUGGCUACUCUGACCUCAAGGUUCCACUCACCGUGACAUGGCAGUUCCAGGCAGCUAGAUCUCAAGCCUUUGAUCUGCUUCUUCGAAUCACCCAUAAUGGCACUAUUGAAUGGGGGAACUUCCUACCCCAGUUCCAAAAGAAGACGAAGAUUUCACAGUGUUUAUUUCGUUCUCAACUCCUAAUCCAUGAUGCCACCGAGGAAGAAGCAGGAGUUUAUCAGUGUAAUGUAGAAGUUUAUGACAGAAGUUCCCUACACACAAACGGCCCCAUGAGGGCUUCUGCCAUCUCUCACCCAUUGAGGAUCACUGUCACUUUACCAGAGAGCAAGCUGAAAGUGAAUUCAAGCAGUCAAGUCCAAGAGAUCUCCAUCAACUCCAACACAGACAUAGACUGUAACAUCCUGUGACAAUCCACUGGAAACCUUCGGCUGGCUGUUACUUGGUACUUCUCUGCCAUGUCCACUAAUGCACCCUGGCUGAGGAUCCUGGAAAUGGACCAAACCCACGUAGUAAAAUAUGGGGAUGAAUUUCAGACCACACGGAGAAAACAAAAAUUCCACGCCGAGAAAGUUUCCCAAGACUUGUUUCAGCUACACAUUCUGAAUGUGGAAGACAGCGAUCAGGGCAAAUAUCACUGCGCUGUGGAGGAAUGGCUCUGGUCUACAAAUGGCACUUGGCACAAGCUUGGAGAAAAGACGUCAGGUCUAACAGAAUUGAAACUCAGGCCCACAGGAAGUAAGGUACGCAUCUCCAAAGUGUCCGGGACAGAAAAUGCCUCCGAGCACAGCGAGGUGGCCAUCCGCUGCAGCCUGGAGAGUGCGGGCAGCCCAGCCUCCCUGUUCUCUGUGAUGUGGUACUGGAACAGAGAAAAUUCUGGAAGUAAAAUGCUGGUGCACCUGCAGCAUGACGGCUUGCUGGAGUAUGGCGAAGAGGGGCUCAGGAGGCACCUGCACUGUUACCGUUCAUCCCCUGCAGACUUUGUCCUGAUGAUGCAUCGCGUGGAGAUGGAGGAUGCUGGAAUGUACUGGUGCAGGGUGGCAGAGUGGCAGCUACACGGUAACCCAAGCAAGUGGGUCAGCCAAGCAUCAGACGAGUCACAGCAUGUGGUGCUCACGGUGCUGCCUUCAGAGCCCACGUUUCCUUCCAGGAUCUGCUCGUCCGCACCUUUACUCUAUUUCCUAUUCAUCUGCCCCUUCGUUACACUCAUCAUCCUGUUCAUUUCCCUCCUCUGCCUGUACCGGAAGGCCAGGAAGUUGUCAACUCUGAGUCUAAACAUACAGAAAGAAAAGGCCCUCUGGGUGGACCUGAAAGGGGCUGGAAGCAGGACCACACACAGAUUGGAAGAGGACGGUGGAGACAGUUGAAUCCGGAGAGGCACCUGCAGCCCUGUGGAAAGAGUGCGGACUUUGGAACUGGACUGACCAGGAGAGGAGUGGCCCCUGCCUCUGUCCUCCUCUGAGUCUGCGGCCUGGGGCGAGGUACCUAGGACUCAGAGGGAACAUUUAUUGAGCGCAUAUGUGGUGCCAGAAACCGUUAAGUGUUUCUUCUUGUGUCACCUCAUCUACCCAUCUCAUCCCCCCCAGGAGCUAGGUGACUCUGUUACACUGUCCUCCGCUUGCCACACCUCACGAGGCUUAGGCUCCCCAUCCAUAAGAUCUGUAAGGAGAGGAGUACCUCCUUCACACAGCUGCUGGGGAUUAAAUGAGAUCCCAUGGCAGAGCCCAGGGCGAUGCUUCCCUCUCUUGUGUCACUGAUUCCCUGGACAACACUCAGUGGUCCUGCCACACUGGCUCCAGGUAAUCUUUUGCCUCCAGAUAAGACGCAUAGGAAAGGACCUGAUGCCAGCAAGGAAAAGGAGUUGGGACUAUGCUCUUCAUUCACAUCAAAUCUGCCUCCCAAUCAGACUGUGACUUUCUUCAAGGCAGAAAUCCCAUUUUCUCCUCCACUCCAUCUCCAUCCCAUCUAUAAAUGCCACUGACAAGCAAGCUCUGCAUAGUAGGUGCUUAAUCAGUAUUGAUUCUUUAGUGAAAAUAUAAGGUAUUUUGUAGCCUGACUUUCUUUCCUUUUUUUUUUUCUUUCUUUUCUCCAUAAGACUUAUCAAGUCAUUGCUAAGGAAAAACUUUUAAAAAAAUUUUGCAACAGUGCUCCAGCCAGCUCCCCAAGGCCUCAUAUCUCCCUUUCCUCCCCACACCCAAAGGUCCAUCUGGCUCCUGGCUCUUCUUAGCCAAGGCCUUAUUUUCCUUGACCUGACAGCACUGGGUAGCAGGAAGGGGGGCUGUGGCAGUUAUCUAAGGGCAGAGGAGUUAACAGUGCCACCAUCCCGUCCUGCUCUGGCAGGGGCUAGGAGUUCAGGGGGAAUAGUAAUCUCAGCAUCCUCUAUUGUCAGCCAGGAAAAGUCAGGAGGAGGGGGAUGGGGAGCGUCAUGGCUGAAGGCUUCCAACCACUGUCCCCUAGGAGAUAACAACUGUCCCCACUGGGCCUGGGGUCCCCUCACCUUUGUUUCAAAAGCAGCUUAGGUCCAUUUGUAGCCAGAAAUGGAAAUCAAUCAGUGCCACCUAACAGACUUGAGAAAACACAUCUAUUUAUUAUCUAUGUGACCAACAGGGUUGCUUUAACACUCAUUAAUUUGCAUUUCCAAGGAUAGCAAUUUAUUUUUAAUUAUUUUAUCAGGCACACACGUCCUCUCUGAACAUAAUUAGUUCCUUUGCAAGGGGAUUUUUGGUGGCUAUGAGAACUCCCACUGCAGGCCUACCAGUUCCUUGAAUUCAUCUCCCUUUGUAGCCUCAUUUGAAAUACUCCAAAUGUUUUUUUAAACAGGUCAGAGCAUUUAUUUCUUCUCUCUCAGGUAAGGGAGAAAAUUUUUCCAAAAGCAAAGCUAAUGUUAAGAUUUCUUAACAUUGAAGUGUGAUGCUCCCCCACCACCUGUUUUUUCCAGAAACCCGUAUUUUAAUUGAAUAUUGAAAGGAAAGAGAAUGGAAUUGAGCCCCAUCAGAGAAUCAGAAUAGAUCCUGUGCUGCCCUCAUUUCAGGUACGCUUACCCCCAACCACUGUUCUCCCUCCUUGCCUGGAUACUGCCUUUCAGCUCUCAGCUCAAACACCAGUUUCUCACAUUUGAAUUCAGCACAGAGACUGCACAGACCAGACACUCAAAUAUCCGACUGCCCCACCCAGAGCAGAGCAUGGGAGUGAUUACCGCCCAGUGAGCACCUCCUGGGUGUCCAGCACUGGGAUGGGUGUGAGGGAUCCAGUGGUGACUCAAGCAGACUCAACCCUGCUCCCCUGGGACUAUCACCUAGUUUUUUCUGGAUGCUCUGUUUUCAUUAAUGGGAACUAGAUAGAGCACGUUGGAUUUUCUAGGAAGUCACACCACACCAUUUGGCUCAUAGUAGUUUUCAGGUAACUGAAACCCCAGCGCCUUCUUUCUACCUUUCUGAACUUCUUUAGAAUAAAAUAUGGUUUCAUCCAAUUCAGCAGGCAUUUUUACGUGAAACCUCUUCUCUCCCCAGUUAUGCCCUUGGUCAUUUUAGUUUUUCAGACUUAACAGAGAAGUUUACUUUUACUCAUUGAUUUCAGCUUUUCUGUUCUAUGUCAUCACCUGGUUUUAUUUUCAGCUUCUUGUGUUAGUAAAUCCUCCCUGGCAACAGGACAAACCUCUGUCUCCGGAGUUGGCUACCUGUAGCCCACAGGCCAAAUGUGGCCCACUACCUGUUUUUUAAAAUGCAAUUUGUUGGAAUACAGGCACUCCCAUUUGUCUAGAUAUUAUCUAUGGCUACUGUCAUGAUAUAAUGGCUGAGUUGAGUAGUUGUCACGAUAGACUCUAUGACAUGCAAAAUCUAAAAUGUUUACUAUCUGGCCCUUCAUGGAAAAAGUUUGCCACUCCCUGCUCUCUUUCAGUGGCUAAUGUUCUGUCAGUUUUAGCCAUGUAUUAUGUUCCUGGGAAACUUGAUUUGAGGUGUUAUAUCUGUAUCUGUUAUAUAUCUGAUGACUUUAAUAAAUAAUCUUAGGCUCUCCGGAUUGGUGUCUAGUCCAAGCAGUUCUGACGCAUGAAUCC